AUGGCAGCGCGGCGUUGGGGCGGGACGCCUCAUCCUCACCGAGGCAACGGGCGGACGGACGGUUCCGGGUGUGAGCGAGGGUGACGGUGUUGGUGGGAUGAUUCUACUCCAGAAUUUCUUGUUGAAUGGAAGCAUGCUCUUUUCCAGUAGAAGAUGUUGAUCCUAAUGUAUGACCAUGGACAAGGGCAUAAGCUCCGUAGAAGUGUUACCUUCCAAAUCAUCUCAGGUUGCAGCUGUAAAACUGGUGGUCAAAGAGCCCGAAACAAAGCAGACCCAAAGAGGGAAACGAGUGGGAUUUGUGCUUGUUCAUGCAGGUGCAGGUUAUCAUUCUGAAUCCAAAGCUAAAGAAUACAAGCAUGUGUGCAAAAGAGCCUGCCAGAAGGCGAUUGAAAAGCUACAGGCUGGUGCUCUUGCAACAGAUGCAGUGACUGCAGCACUUAUAGAACUGGAGGAUUCUCCUUUUACAAAUGCAGGAAUGGGUUCUAACUUAAACCUUCUGGGGGAGAUAGAAUGUGAUGCCAGUAUAAUGGAUGGCAAGUCGUUGAAUUUUGGAGCAGUUGGCGCACUGAGUGGAAUCAAGAAUCCAGUUUCAGUUGCAAAUAGAUUGUUGUGUGAAGGGCAGAAAGGAAAACUCUCUGCUGGCAGAAUUCCACCUUGCUUUUUAGUUGGUGAAGGAGCUUUCAGAUGGGCAGUUGAUCACGGGAUACCAGCAUGUCCUCCAGGUAUCAUGGCUACAAGGUUUAGUUUAGCAGCUUUUAAGAGGAACAAGAGGAAGCUGGAGUUGGCUGAAAAGGUAGAAACCGAUCUCAUUCAACUAAAGAAGAGAAGACAAUCAAAUGAAAAGGGCUCCAGAGUCAUGUGCAGAACGUGCGGGAGACCCUCAAGGGCCAAUGAUGGUAGUAGAGGAGGUGAUCAAAUAGAGCUCUACUCGUUGGAAAAUGACUCAGGAACGCUGGAUACAGUCGGUGCAGUAGUUGUUGACCAAGAAGGAAAUGUUGCUGCUGCUGUCUCCAGUGGAGGUUUAGCACUAAAGCAUCCUGGAAGAGUUGGUCAGGCAGCUCUUUAUGGUUGCGGCUGCUGGGCUGAAAAUACAGGAGCUCAUACACCUUACUCCACUGCUGUGAGUACUUCAGGUUGUGGAGAGCACCUUGUCCGAACCAUACUGGCCAGAGAAUGUUCAUGUGCUUUGCAAACAGAAGAUGCCCACCAAGCUCUCCUAGAGACUAUGCAAAACAAGUUUAUUGGUUCACCUUUCCUUGCCAAUGAAGAUGGUGUACUCGGAGGUGUGAUAGUUCUUCGGUCUUGCAGGUGUUCAGCAGAACCAGAAUUAUCACAGGAGAAGCCAACUUUACUAGUGGAAUUUCUGUGGAGCCAUACAACAGAGAGCAUGUGUGUAGGAUAUAUGUCUGCGCAGGAUGGCAAAGCUAAGGGAAACAAAUCAAAACAUUUUCUUGGGGACAGUAAAGCGUCUUGUCAUUCUUGACCUACCUUUCCUCAGCAUACUCCUGUUUCCUCAAGAAGAGACUUCCUUGAAGCUUGAUGGAGGAUGAAUUCUGAACAAAAAAAUUCUUCUUUUCUUAUUUUUGUUCAAUUUUCUCCAGAUGUGGGCUCAUUCAGAUUGUAAUGCUGAUGGAUUAAUCAAAUUCAACCAAAAGCUUUCCAAUGUUUCUCUUUCUUGUUUCUUUGUUGUUGCUUUUCAAAAAAUAUUUUUAUAUUUUCAGUCUCACUCUAAUCCAUGGUGCAAUCUGGACUUAAUGUAAAAUAUGAUGUUGGGGGUAUAGAAAUGUAACAAGAGUUACAAAUAAGUUCUGUGGUUGCAUUUUAAAUGGCUUCAGUGUUCUUUGAAGUUGUAUUUACUCAAGUUCAUUCUAAUGGCUCGGAACAAAGGAGAUGUAAUUGUAAGAGUACACUUGGAAAUUCAUCUGAAGUUGUCUUGACGUGUCAGUUUUAUCCUUUGAUACUCAUUAUUAAUUAACAAAUUUUAAAUACUAUCAUCUGUGUGGCUUUUGCUCUACAUAAGACAGACACAAGUGAAAGUAAAAAGUGUGAAACAGGUUUACUUGGUCAUACAACGUAUGCAAAUAAAAAGGUGCAGUUAAAGGCUUUAAGAAAGACUUUGUUAUGUGGCUUGAAUGUUUCAGUAAGUAGAAGUGUACAUAUGCUACCAUAUGGUGUUGGAUUUUUUGUUUUUGUCUCUUUAUAGAUAAAUCAUUUUUCCUUCUACACUAAAUCUAAAUAUGUUUUUGUAUAGGAAAUAUACCAAAGUAUGGACAUCUAUUUAAAUCUAGGUUCUUGAUAAUAUAUUGGUAGAAUAUAUAUAUUGGUAGAAUAUGUUCUAAAAAUACCUGUUUUUCCUCACUUGGCCUUUUUUCCUUUCCUUGCUCAAGAUCUUACUGAUCUUAUAUUUAAGAGAAGCUAAGGGGUUUGAAAGGAUCUUUUUUUCUUGAAAUGGUAAAUAAAAACCAAAAUGUUUCUGAAAGUCGGAAGAUGUUCAUAUAUCGAGCACAAAGGCCAGAGAUCAAAAUUUAGCAGUGAAACGAAAACCUUUAAAUGUUUUAAAUUAAAUGUCAUUCUAUAAUUUCACUGAAAACAUGACUGUCUAAGAGCAGAAACCAGGAUACCUUUAUCAAGAAGGGAGUUGAAUGAAGUUGUAUCUAAGAUAUAAAACAUUUCUGGGAUGCAGUGAAUUGCAGUUACAGCAUCAAAUAACCUUCUGUUCAGUUGGUGCAAGUUACAUUUGUGGGACUUUUAUAUCACAGAAUCAUAGAAUGAUUUGGGUUGGAAGUGGGUCCUUGAAGGUCAUUUAGUCCAACCCCCUUAUAGCCCAUUGCUUCAUUGCUUCUUACGCAUUUUUCAGCACUUAAACCUUUUAAAUGGAAUAAUGUGCAUACAAAAACGUAAGUAUAUAGUUGGCUUUGCUUAGAGAAAACUGUAAUUUCUCACACCAGUAACUUUGCUGUUUUGAGCUUUAUAUGAGCUUUAUAUUGUAGUAGGAGUCGUUUCUUCAUCCUAAUUUAAUAAUUGCUUCAGCAUCAGUUUGUUGGAGCAUUAGUGAAUCACCUGAUGGAAAGCAUAACUUGUGCUCCUGCUUCACUGAGACGGGUGGCUGGAGCAUCGCUUGAGCUGGUGGCACUUUUUGCCUGAAACCCAGAGAAAAGCUAUUUUCAGCCCUACUGCAUUUUAGAGUUUCACUAAGGCUCUUUUUUAUGUUUUACCAGAACCCAUUCAGCAGCUCUGAAACUUGGAAACAGCAAAGUUUGUAGAAACUUGCUUCUGAGUCUUUUCACUGCCUUGGUUAAACAUUGAUUUAGCCCUUGGCCUAUAUUAAAUCAACUGAUAUAUCUGCAAAUGGCUUUGCUGUAGCUCAGAAUUAACAGUGCAUAUGAAAACAUAAGCAAGUUUUCUCCUCAGAAAAGAUGCCUGUUGACAGAAACACAAUUGUUUUUUGGGUACUAUUUUUUUCUUACAUAUAUUUUCAUCUUCACUAAUAAAGGCUAGUAAAGCAUGGAAUUUCACAGUUACUUUUCUCUUGUUUUCAUGCAGAAUAAUUCUUUCAAUUUCCAGUGAACGCAGUCAUUCAUUUUACCUUUUCUACACAUCUGUCAUGGUCAUUCUCUUCAUGAGUUAAACAUUGACACAAACAAAAUACAAAAGAAUCCGAAUUGUUUAUGGCUUGUCUAGUUUUUUUUGUCAUUUGUCCUUUGGGCUGCAGUCACUGAACACGUGAAUUGUUCAAUGCUCUGUGUCCUGCAUAAUUUUGCCUUUCAUUGUAUUUGGUAACACUCUCUUGACUUU